UCCUUGCGCAACACGUUUGUCCGACCGCUGCUCGACUCCGACUCGUCCGAGCUCCGUAGUCCUCCCCCACUUCCUUUCCCCAAUCGAUCGGGACUCCAAUUCCAUUCCUCCUCGUCGAAGCAAAGAAUGGAAUCCGUUUGCCGACUCCGUCACCACCCCACCCCUCUCCACCUCCCCCUCCUUUCCCGCCCCGCCUUCUCCAAACACCUCCUCCCCGUUAAACCCUUAUCCGCCAAACCCAGACGCCCCCUCUCCCUCCGCGCCUCCUAUACUUCCCACAACCCUUCCCCCAAAACCCUAGACCCCCUUUCUUCUCUCAUCCGCCCCGCCGGCGUCGUCCUCACUGCCGCCGCCGCCCUCCUCCUCGCUCGCUUCCAAUGCCCCGCCCCCGCCACCGCCGUCUCCCCCCCUCCUGCCACCGUCCAAUCCGACACCCUCACCGAAGACGAGAAGGAACGCACCCUCGAGGAGUACCUCGACUCCCACCCCGACGACAUCCGCUCCCUCCGAGCCCUGAUGGAGCUCAAGGUCAGGUCCCAGAAGCUCCCCGAGGCAAUCGACAUCGUCGACCGCCUCAUCGCUCUCGAACCCGACGAAGGGGACCUCCCACUCCUCAAGGCCCACUUUCAGAACUAUAGUGGCGACGCCGAGACAGCGAAGAAGGGGUUCCAGGAGAUCCUUGAGCGGGACCCCUUCUGCGUCGAGGCCUACCACGGGCUCGUCAUGGCCGCCUCCCAGUCGGAUUCUUCCCACGAGGAGCUGGACGGCAUUCUGAAGAGAGUCGAGGAGGCCAUGGAGAUGUGCAAGAAGGCAAAGAAAAAAGAGGACUUGAGGGAUUUCAAGCUGCUGGUCGCUCAGAUCAGGGUCAUCGAAGGGAAGUAUGACGAGGCUCUCAAGAUAUAUGAUGAAUUGGUGAAGGAGGAGCCGAGGGAUUUCAGGCCUUAUCUGUGCCAGGGGAUUAUAUAUACUUUGUUGAGGAAGAAGGAUGAGGCCGAGAAGCAUUUCCAGAAGUACCGAAGGCUCGUUCCAAAGGGUCAUCCUUAUGCACGGUACUUUGAGGAAAACAUGAUGGCGAUAAAGAUUUUUGGGCAGAUGGAGGAGAACAAAAGAAGAGGAUCUUUCAAGAGCUAAGGUGUUAUCGGUAAGGAGGACAGUUCAUAUAGGAGUUCGGUUGGACCCUUUUAAUUUGAAUUUUCUAUAUGUUAGUAUUCAAAAUUUUGCUGGUCAAUUUUUCUGGUUUCAGCAGUAGUUAUGUUGAUUCGUGAUGACAUUUUGAUUUCACUAGGCUGGUGGCGAAGUUGUUCCAAUAAUGGCCUUUCUAAUGUUUUUGUUAACUUGGAUGGUCAGAAUAGAGCUGGUUAAAUUGAAGCUUUCAUGGUUUCAGAUUAAUUUUUUCUCCUAA